CUUUUAUUCUGAAGAAUUAUAACCGGAAGUCUUCUUGGUUCUCAUAGGAGGCAGUAUUAAUGGACGAGUAUCAGACAGAAGAGGAGACUGCGUUUGUCGUCGAUGAAGGGAGCAAAAUUAUAAAAGAGGCAGUAGAAGCAACUAUAGGAGGAAAUGCCUACCAGCACAGCAGAGUGAACCAGUGGACCACCAGUGUGGCGGAGCAGUGCCUCAGUCAUCUCAGCAAGCUGGGGAAGCCUUUUAAAUAUAUUGGUGCCCUGCUGCAGUGUAACAAUAAUAUUCUGAUGGUGGAAAAAAAUGAACCUCAGGCACUCAUGGUAACCUGUAUCAUCAUGCAGAAAAAUGGGGCAGAUCUACAAACAGCCAGCACGUGCUUCUGGGAUAACUCCACUGAUGAUAAAGUAGUAACGUUUUUAAUGUAUUAGAGUGGUCAUGACUGUCAGUGUGCUUUUGAUUGCUCAGCUUUCAGACGCUGGUGGUUACUGACUUUAAAUAUUAAAUGUAGAGGUGACACUGUCACUGAACAUAACAUGUAUUACACCCAACAGGAAGCUGUUUGGUGAGAUGGGAGAACAAGUCCAUGUACUGUAUCGUCAGUGUUUUUGGGCUGGUCAUCUGAACCAACUACAACAUACCUAGGGUGUUUGAAAUGUAUUGGAUUUUGUGUGUAUUUGAGAACCUGCAUGUUGUAUUCAG